UCCCUUGGUUUAAUUCAUUUAUUUUACUUUUUCCUUAUUCUUUCGGUUCUAGUAGCUCGCUAUUUAACUUGGCCACUAAGUUUUAGAUGACUAGGUUGCUAAGUUUUGACAAAACCUAUGCUGAAUGAUAUGCUCAAUUAGGAAUAAAUAAUCAGCUGAGUUUAUUUACAAACUCAGUUGCCUGAUGAUGCAGUCAAACUCAAAACCUAUUCUUUGUAAGCAGGGGGGAUGAGAGCAAUAACUCUAACCUCUGUUAGUUUCACUGUUAUGAAGUUAGUCAGAUAAGUCGACUAAGAGCCAGCUCAUUGUACACACGUCAUGAAGUCUGAACUUCUCUAGCACUAUAUAUGUUGACUCUGUACAAUCACUUUAUUAAAAUUCAAUAAUAAGAACUAGAUCAUUUUAUCAUUUCUCUCUCAAUAUUUGGCAACCCAAUAUGUGGACACCUAUAUUCUAACGGUACCUCAUUUUAUACGUAUUCUAAUAAUAGACUACGUACAAUUAUAAUCAGUGGCCAAGCUGUGCUGUGCAUCCUGGAAACUUGUGAGCUGAAUUCUUAUAUGCCUAUAUAUUUUUCCUGGUUAAGUGAAUAUCCCAAGGGGCGAUUUAAUGGCGGAAACUUCUGCAACUUCCUUCACAAAAAGCCAAUCAAAUGGUGAGUUUGAGAAAGAGGCUUACGAUGAAGCAUAUGAGCAACUUAGCCAAGAAUGUAAGGAACUACUUCUUUCACUUCCCAAAAGGAGGGGAUGGACUAGCCCAUAUGUUUAUCUCUACCAAGGUAUUUGGUUUGCACCAACUAGUAUUCAAGCGAUAUGCUCCUUCCAAAAGCACUUCCAAGCAAAAGAUACUGAUAUUAUUAUAGCUUCCUUGCCGAAAUCUGGUACUACUUGGUUGAAAGCCCUUACUUUUGCCACUGUGAAUCGUAGCCAUUUCUCUCCUUCACAAAAUAACCAUCCUCUUCUCAUUGCUAAUGCUCAUGAGCUUGUUCCUUUCCUUGAGUUCAACCUUUAUGCCAAUAACCAGAUCCCUGACCUCUCCAACGUGAUUGAACCAAGACUUUUUAGUACACAUGUUCCAUUUCAAUCGUUGCGUGAUUCAAUCGCCAAGUCCCAAUGCAAGAUAAUCUACAUAUGUCGAAACCCUUUUGACAAUUUUGUGUCCUUUUGGUUUCACCUAAACAAAAUCACGCCACCAUCUUUACCCAAAUUAUCACUUGAGGAAGCGCUUGAAAGGUAUUGGGAGGGGAUCCAUGAGGGUGGGCCAUUUUGGACACAUACGUUGGGUUAUUGGAGAGCAAGUAGAGAGAUGCCAAACAAGAUUCUGUUUUUAAAGUAUGAGGAUUUGAAAGGAGAUAUCAACUUCUACUUGAAAAGAGUGGCCGAGUUCUUGGAUUUCCCAUUCGAUUCCAAGGAGGAAAGUGAUGGGCUUAUUCAAGACAUUAUUGAGUUGUGCAGCUUUGAGAGGAUGAAGGAAUUGGAGGUGAACAAGACUGGAAAACUUUUGCAGAAGUAUGAAAACAAUUACUUUUUUAGGAAAGGUGAAGUAGGAGAUUGGGUUAAUCAUUUUAACCCUUCAAUGAUAGAGAAAUUGUCCAGAGUGAUGGAAGAGAAGUUGGGUGGGUCUGGUCUAUCCUUUUAGUUGUUCUUAUUUCUUUACAACCAGGUAAGCUCCAUGGCUUCUAAUUUAUGCCUGUCUUUGAAAGAAGAUAAUUUAAGACAUAGGCGUCUGUCUGUGGAACCAGAAGCAUUGGAACUAACUGAAAUUUAACUGUAAGCCAUUUCUUGCAUCUAAUUGUGCCGUUGCAUUAGAGCCACUUCACACUUUUUCAGAUUGGCAACUUGGAAAAGAAUGUUGAUGCAGGUUGCAACUUGUGGAUUAUCAGCAUGGGAUCGUACCUUAGCAAAUUCUCUUGUUGGAUUUUGUAAGACAUGAAAUGUAGUAUGCGUGAUAGAUUGUGAAAUUUAUUGUAUUUCGAAUGUUUUAAAUAAUUUUGAAUUUAUGCAAUUA